AUGCUCUCGCAGCUCCCAUUGAGUUUUGCCAACGUACCCAAUUGUCCCAUAUUUGGGGCCGAGUUUCCGCCACCGCAGAGGUUAGCCCAGCACCCGAAAUGGCAACAAGCUCUGGCGAAUCUUAGCACCGCGUUCGACUACAUGGAUGCUAACAUUACUGGAAACAAUCUUUCCUAUUCCGUGCAGAUAUUUUCGACGAAUCCUGGAAAUACAAUCCUUGCAGAACGGCAUCGCACUGCAGGGAACCUGUUGCCAGAUACCGAAGGUGUCAAACAGGUCAACGCGAACACUGUCUAUCGGCUAGGAAGUAUUUCCAAGAUAUUCACUGUUCUCGCGUUUCUAGCUGAAGUCGGAGAUAUUCAUUGGAAUCAGCCCAUCACCAACUACAUCCCCGAGUUGGCCCAGUACUCUCGCUUAGUCUCGGCGCAGCUUUUUGAUGAUGAUGUACGGAGAACAGAUUGGGAAGACAUAACAAUUGGGGCCUUGGCCGCCCAGGUGUCUGGAAUCGGACGAGACUAUGGCGUGCUGGGUGAGAUAACACAAACAGAGAACAUCACGAUGCAAUGGAAGUCAAGCUUCCCUACGUUGCGAGGUCCUUCAGUGCCACCAUGUGGAGCAUGGCCACUGUGUACGAAAGCAGAGUUUUUUGCGGGCAUCGAGCUCAUGUUUCCCUCGUAUUUACCAUGGCAAACUGCCAGUUACUCUAAUGUCGGAUAUCAACUCUUGUCAUAUGCGCUUGAGAAUAUUACGGGCAAGAACUUUGUUGAUAUCCUGGACGAGCGUGUCAUCAAACCACUGGGGCUGAAGAACACGUACUUGGAGAAUGCACCGCCUUCAGUUGGCAUAAUACCCACCACAACCAAGGACGAUUAUUGGUGGGUCAAUCUAGGAGGUGCCAAUCCGGGUGGAAACAUGUACUCUUCAGCACAGGAUGUAUCCAUCCUUGGACACGCAAUUCUGUCAUCCAGGCUGAUGAAGCCCUCUCUCACUCGUCGUUGGCUAAACCCAGUCACAUUCUCGUCAGACUUUGCCGCUGCAAUUGGCGCACCAUGGGGCGUCCGCCGUAUUCAGCUGGAUCCAACAUCGCAGCCAUACCGUUCCCUGAGCGUAUUCACCAAAGCUGGCACCUUUCGAAAGUACACAGCAUUUCUUUCUUUACUAAAAGAGUUUAAUCUUGGUUUCACAAUCAUGAUGGCUGGACUAUCACCAAUCAACAACUUUAUGAUCGCGGAUAUGCUAGGUGCAUCCUUGAUUCCCGCGUACGAUGCUGCAGCACGCGAUGAGGCGGAUCAAGUCUACAGUGGCAUAUAUGUGGGAAAUGGUACAAGCGCAAUGCCUAACUCUUCGAUGAUUAUCACCACCAACCCAAAGAAGCCCGGCCUAGGAAUGGUCUCGUGGAUCUCAAACGGGACAGACAUGGUCGAAACUGCCAUUCACUUGCAGACAGGGUCAAACGCAACAGCCAAGAGAGCGGAAGCUCGUCUGUACUACACGCAAUUGGAAACCAAAGCGAAGAAUGGUCAGAUGAGGCAGUCGUGGAAAGCAGUUUUCGAAGAUACUGGACUCCCGUCAGCGCCAGGCCCGCUCCUAUUUUCUACAGGCUGUGGAGCGUGGGUAGGCCUCACAGGCAUUACCUAUGGGUCGUUGCCGUUGGACGAGUUUGUUUUUGAUUUCGACUCAAAUGGUCAAGUGGUCAGUGUGACAAACCUUGCGUUGCGAUCAACGCUUUACAAGGUGGAUGUCAGCCAAUCCAAAGACCUAGUUGCGUUGUGUAAGGAUGUAUGUCCUUCCGUUGUACAGACUUAG